AUGGCGGGGCCCUUGAGACGAGAGCUGGGCCGCUCCUACCCCUUCCCGGUGCAGACCCUUCAUCUCAACAACCUCCCGCCUGUUCCCCAGCACGAAACCCCGGGCGGCUACUUGCCGGAGGCUUUCAGCGGGGCCACCGCCGGGCAGGCCUUCGGCUUCAAGCCGGAUUACGGCCCCCAGGGAGGGAUCGGGGAGCCCUAUCCCGGCGGGGGUGACGUUCCUCGCACCUGGUACCCCUUUGCUGCCGGGCCGGAUGCCUGGGGCCACCCUCCCGGGAUCGUGGUGGGCCCUUACGCCCUCCCGCAGCCCGGAGAAGCCUGCCAGGCCUCCAAGGCCGAGAUCAAAGUGGAGCGUGACUUCGACCAAGCGGGCCCUUAUUACGGGGGGCAUCCCUGGGCCGGAGGCUGCCUGGUCCCUGCGGCCACGGUCACGGCCCCGGCCCCGGCCCGGCCGGCUUCUUGCAACAACAAGGAGGCUGCUUCGCCCAGUCCGGAUCCCGAGCCUUCCAGCAGCCCCGCCAGCCCGCCAGAAGAGGUGGGGAGUGGGGAGAGCAGUCCCCGGAGCGUGGCUAGUCAAAGCCCCAGCGAGCAGAUGGCCUCGGAGGAAGCGAAAGAUGAAGAGGGCAGCGGAGAAGAGGAAACAACCACUACAGAGGAGCUGGAACAGUUUGCUAAGGAACUGAAACACAAAAGAAUUACCUUGGGCUUCACUCAGGCAGAUGUGGGACUGGCCCUGGGUUUACUCUAUGGUGAAGAAGGCACUCUAUUGGGUGGGUCAGAAGGGGUGGUGAUCGCCAAGCAGUGGCACCAAAUACAGCUCUCCUCCUCUGUGCAGCAGCUGUGCUCCAUGGAGUCGGCCAUGAUCCAGGCCCGGAAACGCAAGCGCACCAGCAUUGAGAACAACGUGCGGGGUUCACUCGAGUCGUACUUUCUGCGCUGCCCCAAACCCAACCUGCAGGAGAUUUCACAGAUUGCUGAUGACCUCCGCCUGGAGAAGGAUGUAGUACGCGUCUGGUUUUGCAACCGCCGCCAGAAGGGCAAGCGCAACACAGGAGCUGGGUCUCGGGAUGAGUGCGAUGGUCCUACCGUCCCCCAAGCAUGCCCCCAUGGGCCACACCAAGCUCCGCCCCACGGGCUUGGCCCCAUCCAUCACCAGCUGCCUCCACCACCCCAGGGCUACAACACGACUGCCUUUGCUGCCGUUUACGUGCCUCAGUUCCACGAAGGAGAUGUUUUUAUCGCUCCCACCUCGGCUGUCAUGGGCCACCCAAUGCAUUCCACCUGA